AUGUUCAAGGUUGUUGCAUUGGCAUUGGCGUUGAACGCCAUCGUUUCACAGGUGCGUAUUUUCGAUUUUUUUAAAUUUUUGAAAAAAAAAUUUUUUUUGAAAUUUUGGUUUUUUGACCACCUCCCAUAAUUUACCCCACCCUACCCUACUUUGCCCUACCUUAUCACAUACUACCCUACCCUACCCUACCCUACCCUACCCUACCUUACCCUACCCUACCCUACCCUACCCUACCCUACCCUACUCUACCCUACCCUACUCUACCUUAUUCAAGCCUAUGCAGCUCUGUCCUGCCUUGCCCUGCCCAUGUUCUAACCUGUCUUACUACGCCCUAUUUAACCUUACCCUACCCCAAACUAAUCUUCCAGACCACGCCCUGCCGGUCCACUUUACCCUAUCCUACUCUGCCUUACCAUUUCUUACCCUACUCUAUCCUACCUUACCUUACCCUACCUUAACCUACCUUACCCACCCUAACCUUCAAAAUUUCAGGCCUUUUUGUUCCCCAGCCUCGGCGGAGGCGGUGGCGGCUGUUGCGCUCCACCACCAGCUGCACCAUGCUGUGGCGGAGCCGCGGCCGCCCCGAUCGCUGCUCCAGCUUGUGCUCCAGCUGCCGGUGGAUGUGGUGGAUCGUACGCCGGUGCUUCUAGCUCUUAUGCCAGCUCGUCCUAUGGUCAGUCGUACUCGGCACCAGCUUCGUACUCGUCCGGAUUGUACUCGGCUCCAGCUCAAUCGUACUCGGCUCCAGCUUCUGGAGGUUACGCUACGGCUCUAGGUGGUGGUGCUUCUUAUGGGGCUGGUGUUGGUGGUGGAGCUGGUGGUUACGCUACUGGGCCAGCUGGAGCUGGAGUUGGCGGAGGUUACGGUGGAGUUGGAAGCGGUAUCGGCGGAGGUCAAGGAGGCUACGCUUCCGCUCCAGUUGGAGCCGGAGUUGGUGGAGGUAUCGGUGGAGCUCAAGGAGGAUAUGCUGGAGCCGGAGUACAAGGUGGAGCCGCUCAAGGAGGUUAUGCUUCAGGCCCAGCUGCCGGAGUUGGAGGAGGAUAUGGUGGAGCUCAAGGAGGUUACGCCGGAGCCGGAGUUCAAGGUGGAGCUGCUCAAGGAGGCUACGCUUCAAGCGGAGCUCAAGGUGGUGCCUCUGAAGGCUACGCUCAAGGACAAGUCUUACCUUCAUUGAACUUGCCAACCGGUCAAGCUCAAGGCGGUUCUUACCAAGAACAAGCUGGAGCUGAAGCUCAGCCAGCUCAAGCUCAGACUUACACUGAACAGACCUCAGGAGCUCAGCAAUCCAACUACAACCAACAGCAACCAACUCAAUCUUACAACCAGCAACAAACUCAAACCCAGACCUACACUGAACAAGCUCCAGUAGCUAGCCAGCAGUCCAGCAACUACCACCAAGAAGAGAGCCAAGGCUACAGCGAACAAGCCCCAGUUGCUAGCCAGCAAUCCAGCUCAUACAACCAACAAUCAUCCAACUACCAAGAGCAAUCUGUCGCUACUACAACACACGCCCCAGCCACCACCCCCUCAUACACCGCCACCACCUCGGCCUACAGUGCUCCAGCCCAGACUAGCCAGACUAGCUAUCAAGGUGAAGUAGCCGCCUCAUCCAACACCAACGCUCAAGCUUACGGUGGAGAUGACGAUGACAACGUGUAUGAUGAUUUGAGCACCGGAGGCAACAACGCCGCCCAGAUCAGCGAGCCGGCUGCCGCUACCGAGACUGAACGUGGCUACAACAAGGCCAAGGCCCGCGCUGCCACUUUGGCCGUUCCAGCCGAGUCUAGCAAGUGCAACAGCGAGGAAUUGAAGAAAUUGAUCAUUGAGGUAAGAGGCGGUUAGAGAGACAGAGAAAAAGAGUUUUGGAGGGAAAACGGCAGGAACUUUGUUUACAAAACAAAAAAUUGCAAGAACUUUCUUUACAAAACAAAAAAUGGCAAGAACUUUCUUUACAAAACAAAAAUGGCAAGAACUUUCUUUACAAUACAAAAAAAUGACAAGAACUUUCUUUACAAAGAAAAAAAUGGCAAGAACUUUCUUUACAAAACAAAAAAUGGCAGAAACUUUCUUUACAAAACAAAAAAUGGCAAAAACUUUCUUUACAAUACAUAAAAUGGCAAAAACUUUAUUCCCAGCCUAAAAAUAUUCGAAUUUCAUUUUCAGAACAUGGACCGCAGCCCAAAGGUGUCGAAGCGCCAAAUCCAAAAGUCGGUGACAUCGGCCCUCGGAGGCAAGAUCGACGUGAUCUGCUCGGAAUCAGUCUUCUCCUACCUCGUGAACACCGAACAGUACUGUGAGGUGGAGAAGGACGGUAUCACUUGUUUGGCUUUUAAACAAAUCGCUUAA